GUUGCACCAGUGCAGCAGUGCAGCGAAAAAGAACAGACCAUUAUUGUUAACCUGUCGAAGCCGCGAGCCGCCCUGUCAGAGUCAGCUGUCAAAAACGUGCGGAAUGUCUCAGUGCCUGAUCAAUGACCCGACGACGCGCGUCAACCGUGAGAUGCUGGACCACUCCAAGUGAAGACUUCCUCCUAUCUGAGUCAGAUCACGAGCGUUAAUUCCAAUUUCUUAACUUCAGUGUUCAACUUCGUGUUCAACCCCCACGCAAGCUGCUUCUUAUAAAUAUAGGGCGUAUAGGCGUAUAAUAAUCUAUGAAUUUAGGCGUAUUCAACAGAGUUAAUCUCAAGGAUUCCCAAGGAGGGAUGUAUUCAGAAUGGGCCUCUCUGAGCACUCUGAUCCAACAGGGCUCGGAGGAGAGCCAGAGUGUGCUGGAGAAAUUUCCGCCUGGCGCAGGGAAGGAGGUCGCUCUGUCCAUAGUUCGUCAGCUCGCCGCGAAUCUCGGCAUCACCCAGGCAGGCGAGCCCAGCCCACUUUCCACCGACAAGGAGGUACAAUGGUGUAUGGAGGUGAUUUGCUUUGGUCUGUCGCUGCCGCUGGCUGAGCAUGACACCGUCAGAGAUUGCGUCAACAUAUACUGCGAGUGGCUGUCAGCUUUGUACUCAACACCCAAGAUCUCUGUGCCCAGACCGAUCGUUGACGACCCAAAUUUCUAUGCCAGAAAGAUCAUAAGUCACUUUCACAAUCUGUUUGUGCCGAGGAAGGGAGAAGUUUGGCCUUUUCUGUAUCAGGAUCUAGGUACAGACACAAUAAAUCGACAAGCCGUUCUUUGCCAUCGGGUACUUAGGACUUUGCAGCAAAUUGCACGAGGCCCAGCGACUCUGGAGAGAGAAACUUGGGAGAGUCUGCUAUUAUUCCUCAUUGGUAUUAACGAUGCGCUGUUAGCACCGCCGGCGACUAGGGAAGAUGCGGGAGAACAACUGUGCGAGAGGGUACUCGGUGUAUUGCUAGAGAUUUGGCUGGUUUCCUGCGAACGUAGUUUUCCUUCACCCCCGUUAUGGCGAACGUUACGAGAAUCCUGUCUACGUUGGCGUCACAGACUAGCUCUGGUGGAACAGUGGAACCGCGUGUGCCUCGCUCUUACAGCAAGGCUGCUUCACAUUAUGUAUGGGCCGAUGUUUCCCGAAUUAAAAAUAAGCGAGGAAGACGCGCAACUAGUACCACCGACCAUGUCGGACGAAGCGGUAGCGCAGGCAUGGUACAGACUGUUACGCACUAUCGGCGACCCUGUGGACCUGUGCAGGCCUGCCGUCGUUUCGCAGACCCAGGCGUUUCUGCAAUAUGCCAUCGCCAGUCCCAAUGUCAUAGAUCCAUGCCAGCAUCCAUGUCUGCAAAGCCUGCCGCAGAUAUUUCUGAAGGCUAUAAAAGGCAUAGCGGGCCAGGUCGAUGCUUUCCUUGGAGUUUCACAGGCAUGCUGUUGGGAAGAAUGUUGCGUGUCCAACAACGUUACAUCGGGAAAUAUCGGCAUUGCCAGCAGCGGGGGUGUCGGAUGGGACAGGUCGAGCAGCAGGGAUCAGCCUCAGCCUUCCCCCACACCCCCAACUCAGCGCAGACUUGCCAAAAGUUUCAGUGUCACUCCUUCUGCAGUCACUAAGGGAAUUCCGAAAGCGUCGUUAAUUGGAUUGACGACGAGCCGUGUUUCUAGUACACCGCCGAUGCUGAUAUCCAAUUCUGGACCGUCGUCCGCUUCGAGUACCGCAUCUAUGACCUCGCUUGGCCAGGAUAUCAGACCUCCCUUAGCUCCGGGACGACCCAAGUGCAAUAGCAUAUUGCAUCUUUUUGGGGAAUGGUUGUUCGAGGCUGCGUUUAUCGGUACCGAAGGUUGGUCGCAGAAUUUGCCGCAACCAUUGGGUGCCUCGAAGCGUCCAUCCUCGGUGCUCGUGGACGGACCGAGUUCACUGCAGGAAACUGUUAGUGACGUACCACCGACACUCUGCAUAGAUCGUUACGAGUCCGGCAGAGCGGAGGCACUAGGUGCUUUGUGUAGAAUUUUCUGCGCUAAGAAAACAGGCGAAGAGAUCUUACCUGUGUAUUUGGCCAGAUUUUAUCAGGCGAUGUAUCACGGCCUCAAAUUCGACGAGUCUCGCGAAUGUGGCGAAACAUUAGCGAGUAUUCUGUUGAAUUCGGCUGAUCUGUUCCGUCUCGAUUUGAACGGUAUACAAGUCUUGGUGCCGGCCGUGUUGUCCGCAUUGGAGGUGGUUUUACCGGAAAAAGACUUGAAACUAAAAUCUAAUAUGGUGUCGAAACCGGACCUGAGAAGAGCGUCGAUACAUCUGCUGAUAUCGAUGUUGACGCUGCCUUUACAUUUUCAAAAUCUCGCCAUUAAGGAGCUUCCAGUCUUUCCAGGCACAAAUUUCUCCGAAAAAAACCCCGUAACAUUUUUACAAUUAAAAUCGAGGCUCAUGAAUCUGCUUAUAAACGCUUUGCAAGUAGAAACCGAUCCUCAGAAUACACAUAUGCUAUUAGGAGCUCUAUUACUGAGUGUCCAAGAUUCUGCAGCAGCGGAAGAAGUGGAGCAAGUCACACAACCCGACACGGUAGCUAGUGACUCGGCAACUAAUUUAUUAUCUUCAGUCACCAGCGAUUCGGCCAGUCAAAUAAGUAUAUCCAGUGAUCAGCGAUCAAUUGGCGAUGCCUCUGACAUUGCAACUCUUCAAGAGGAAUGCAUUGCGUUUGACUCUGCCCAUGCUCUUUUUGUGCGAGCAACGUACUUGGUGUGUCAUCGUUUGAUAUCAUCGUGGAAGACUGAUCUAAAUAUCUCUUUAGCAGCACUCGAGAUGUUGUCAGGAUUAGCACGCACACGCAUUCGUGAAACAGCAAGGAGACUCACAGAUGCUUUGGAAUGCAAGCGAGCGGUAAAAUGGUUGUGCGACUACAUUUCGUAUCAAUGUUGGCGUCCACCCCCAGCGCACUCCAAGGAUCUCCAUUCGUCUAUCGUCGCGGCGUUUAAUUGCCUGACAACUUGGCUAACCGCUCAUCCGCAAUUGUUACAGGACAAAGACUGCUUGACCACAGUAUUGGAAGUUGUUGAGCUCGGAGUGUCCGGCACCAAGAGCGUCGGAAAGCCAGGAGAGCCUAUCAAGAUGAAAGAUGAGAAGGAGCUAAAACCAGCAUCCAUGCGUGUGAGAGAUGCUGCCGAUGCUCUUCUUACUAUUUUAUUGGAACAGGUUGGCUAUUUUCCCAGCGCUUGCGGGGCACAAUCGCUCUCGUCACUGUUGGACGAGGUGUCUCUGCUUCGGCAUUGCAACAGCUGGACCGGCGGCCGCGUGGCACGACAAGCAGCUGUUGAGAGAUUUCGUUACUUUGUGUCCGAGAAUGCGAUCGUGUUGGCGUUGCUGGAAGAACCGUUGGGAAACGAUCAGGAUCCUCAGCCAACUGUGACAGUCCUAAUUCGCGGGCCGUUCGGCAGACACGCGUGGACAAUGCAGCUCCGUCAUUUGCCGCGUCAUCGAUCCAGCAUCAGAAGUAUAAACAACAAUCCCGGUCGACCGUUGCCAUUGGCCGAAGCCGCACCGCGAACGGAUUAUAAACCAAGAUUCUUCCCAGAUAACGUGGAUCGUAUUCCUCAUUGUAAAGUAGACGAAUCGAUACCUAGUCUGGAAGCAGUUAUGAGCGAUAAUGACGCAGUACGAGAUGAACAUCAGAUCCUCGCGCAACUUUUGGAACGCCAGAUAACUCUUGAAUCGAAGCAUGAUAACGGUAACGUAAGAGUCGCGGAAGACAAAACCGACGAAUGUGUACCACCUCAGGUUUGCCACGAAUUCCAAACGGCUCGUCUAUUUCUGAGUCAUUUCGGUUUUUUAAAUAUGGAACCUAAAGAGAAUGAGGAAUCGGGAAGCAGCGGGCUAAUUGCUUUAGAUCCAACCAUCCCUGGAUUCUGUAUGGACUUAGAGACUCUGGAUAAUAUCAGUCCGCGAACGUGCGACACCGUUCAUAUUUUUUACGUGAAAGCAGGUCAAAAGUCUGCUUCCGAAAUACUGUCGAAUGUGCUGCAUGAGGAGAAUGUGUCGCCAAACUUCUUGGAAUUCUUAAGCUCUAUUGGUUGGCCCGUUUCCGUAUCCGCUCAUGCAGGCUGGACGGGCCAUGUGUCAACCUCGUGGAGAGUAACAGCGCAGCUGAACGUGCCACAGCCAGCUCACAGCAAUCACGGUGGAGCACUUUAUAACGGUGACACUCACGUGAUGUACUGGGCAGAUGUGAGUUCAGAAAUUGCGUUUAUCGUGCCUACGCAAUCAUAUCUCAUAGCUAGUUCAGACUCAUUAGAGGAAACCAGUUAUAACAGCGACAUCAGUACCAGUGGACAAGCGUGGUUCGAGAGAAGCAUCAGCGAAAUUACGGACACUCGUAGCAGCGGGACAUCACAGAACACGACGCAGACUUCUAGAGCGAUGUCACUUGAUCUGGAGAAACAGCCAUCGAGUUUGUCGGGAGCAGGCACAACGAAUUCCUCGAGUGCGGAUCCUAUCAGGCCUAGAAGGUCGACAAAGCAAUCGCUGCCGUUUCAAACUAAUACAAAGAUUAUGGUUGUGUGGUUGGAGAGCCUGGAGGAUCAUAUUCAGUUUCCGAUUGGCGAUUUGCUUCCUUCCACUUACACUGGGCUGGAACAAUCGAGGAUGCUGCAAGCUACCGAUGUGCACGUUAUUUUCCUUCAAGCUCUAGCUAAUGGAUUAAUGCGGGUCAGAUUGCAAGGACCGGUUUCUAGAAUCAAUUUAGCAACACCUUUAAUCGAUGGAAUGGUAGUAUCAAGAAGAGUCUUGGGGACUUUAGUUAGACAAACAGCUCUUAAUAUGGGACGUAGGAAAAGGCUCGAUAACGACAGUUAUCAUCCACCUCAUGUACGAAGACGUCUAAAAAUUCAAGAGAUGGUACAAAAAUAUAAAAGAAAUUUAACAGAUCCGGAGUUAUUAACGCUUUUAUUCAGCAGCACUCAAACUUAUCAAGUCAAAUAGAAAAAUUUUCAAGAAUCUCACAAGACUUAAGUCGGAGACAGUGGUAAUCUAAUUUCUGUGCUGCUGUAAUGACGAAGUUUUUGAAAUUUAAAGAUUAAUUUAUAUUUUAUAUUAUACUCAAUAUCUUGAAGGUAAAGUUAUCUUCAAUUAAAAUAGCCGAGAGAGGAUAACAUGUUUUGUUAUUUUUAGAAAAUGUAAAUAAAUUUUUUUUAUUAUUAUUAUAAGUUGUUAGUAAAAAGAAAACAGAACGAGUUUUCUAUCUGUAACUAUUUCUUAUCGAGAGAUAUACUUAUUAUAGUAACAGUUCUUUACUUCCAACAUUACUUUACACAUUUUAGAAGAAAGAAUGAAAAUAAUUUAUUUAUACGAGCCAAACUCAAGUUUCGAUUGAGCCUAGUUAGAACUCAAUCGAUUCAACCGUUACCGAGAUCUGAUAAUCGCUUGCAAAUCAUCGUCUCGCGUAAAGAUAUACGGGAUAGUUUCGCGUUGUGCGUUUAUUUGGCGCGAAACACUAUCGUGUCUCUUGAUUAUUUAAUGAAAAACAUUCUAUAUGUAAUAGUCUCGAAAUUUAUAAUGCAUGAUAAAAAAUAAAAUUAAAAAA